AUGCAACCAAGCGAGCAACAAGCAUAACUGCUAGUUGCAUUGCAUUGCUCUCCAUCAUCCCUAGGAGCACAAGCAACUGGCUAGCUAGCUCUCCACUGUAACUGCAGUAUUAGCUAGUAUAAACUGCAGAGACAAGAUAGAACAAGCUAGGUCACAUUCCGAGCUAGCUCAAGAAGCAGCAAUGGCGAAGCAGCAGCAGGAGGUUUACUUCGUGUUCAUGAACUUUGACCCCGUGUACGAGCGCCUCAGAGCUGAUCGGUCCAAGGAGGGGUCGGCCACGCUGGACGCGUACCUGAGUCACAAGCACGACAAGCUGCUCGCCAAGCUCCUCCAGCCUGACUCCUACUGCAAGAGGUCGUCGCUCGCCAUCGUCGACGGCUUCGCCGUGGAGAUAACUGAGGAUCAGGCAAGCGUUCUGAGAUCGGCCAAGGAGGUGAGGGUAGUGGAGAAGAACCAGGAGCUCGCAUGAUGAUAUCAUCUCAGUCAAACGGCCGGAUGGGACUAUAUUUUUAUGUAUAGAUGCUCUGACACGCAUCAGCUGGUAGCUAUAUGGCUAUAUAUAUAUGCAGCUAAUUAAGCUUUAUAUAUAUAAGCGUACGUUGUUUACUAAGGUAAAGCAGAGUCGUUGAGUUGUUCUUGUUCCUAGCUAGCUAGUCAAUGGUGUAUUAGUUGUGCGUGAGUGUGUGAACUCCCAUGCAUGCAUAUGGCUUUGUUGACUCCCUAGUCAAACUUAGCUGCUGCUAGUAGUACUAAGUACUACCCUAAUAUAUAAUAUAGUUUCUUCGCUUGCUAUGAUCAUCAUCAGAGGAUCGACGACUUCGAGACGACUAUACUGAACUCUAUAUCGACCUGUAACUGCAAUGGCUGUGAUUUGUUCAAAAGCUAUAUAUGUGUACUGUGUUAAUAAGUAAACUCAUAACUGUGUAACUAUCUUCAGU